UGCUGAUGCCCUCGUGCAGUUUAUGGCAGAAAACAUGGCGGCGCCCUUGAUCAGACAGACAAAAUUGUUGUCGAUGGUUUGCAGUCAGUUAAAUUCUGUUGCAUGUUCGAGGAACAUUCACUGCACAGCAGCAUGUUUGAAGAACCGUGCAGCUCGUAUUCGAGUGGGUAAAGGAGACAGGCCAUUGACUUAUGAGCAGUCAUAUCACCCCCAUCACAUCGGGCACAGGAAGGGCUGGCUGUCCCAACACACCAGCAAUCUUCAAGGUGAAGAUGGAGCGGCAGAGCGGAUAGUGGAGGACGUCUUCAUCAGGCGCUUCAUAUAUGGCACAUUUCACGGCUGUUUAGCUGAUGAACUGGUGAUCAAACGCAGGGGAAACAUCCUUGUCAUUUGUGCUCUGAUGAUACAGAAGCUCUUACCAACGAAACUUUAUUUUCUCAUCGGGUACACUGAGGAACUGCUGUCUCAUUUCUACAAGUGUCCAGUUAAAAUGGAGGUCCAGACAGUAGAAGAAAAAGUAGUCUACAAAUAUCUCUAAAAAGACAAUGUGCUUUAGAAACUUAUCUGGUCUUUAUGUUUAAAAUUGUACAGAGAAUAAACAAUAAAUGACUUUCACAUAUUUUAAUUGAAGGAUCCUAUAAUGUGUAUUUCUGUAAAGACUAAAAUGUUAUAUUAAAUGUACUGGGGAGAAACAUGUUUUUGUUGUUAAUUAAAGGAAUAUUUCACCCAAAAAUGAAAAUUCUCCCAUCAUUUACACACCCUCAUGCCAUCCCUCUAGUAUGACUUUCUUCUGCUGAACACAAAGACUUUUAGAAGAAUAUCUCAG